AUAAAUCCACAAUGGAUCUGAUCUGGAACUUUUACAAGGAAACCUGGUUUUUCCUGGCUCUCAUUGUCCUGCUUCUCUAUCUAUAUGGGACACACACACAUGGAUAUUUUAAGAAGCUGGGAAUUCCUGGUCCAAAACCUCUGCCUUUUUUGGGGAAUCUUCUGUCAUACUCCAAGGGUCCAUGGCUGUUUUAUACAGAGUGUCGUAAAAAGUAUGGAAAAAUUUGGGGGCUAUAUGAAGGUAGAGAACCACUUUUAUUAAUUGCAGAUCCAGAUAUCAUCAAAACAGUGCUUGUCAAAGAAUUUUACUCUGCCUUCACCAACCGCCGGCCGAUUCGUCCAACAACCUUGAUGAAAAACUCCAUCAAUGCACUUGAAGAUGAACAGUGGAAAAGAAUGCGGACAUUGCUCUCACCCUCUUUCACCAGUGGAAAACUGAAGGAAAUGUUCCCCAUUAUUGAACAAUACACAGAUGUGUUGCUGAAAAACCUGAAGCGAGAAGCAGAGAAAAGUGCUCCCAUAUCUAUGAAAGAGAUCAUGGGGGCCUAUGGUAUUGAUGUGAUCACUGGCAUAUCAUUUGGAGUAAAUGUUGACUCCCUCAACAACCCAGAAGAUCCCUUUGUGGAGAAAGUGAAGAAGCUUCUAAAUUUAGAGCCUUCCAAUCCAUUGAUUUUCUUAGGGUCUCUAUCUGAUAUAGAGAUUACAGCUCAAUCAAUUAUGUUUCUUUUUGCUGGUUAUGAGACGACUAGCAGUACUCUAUCCUUCAUUAUGUAUGAAUUGGCCACUCACCCUGACAUCCAGAAGAAACUGCAACAGGAGAUUGAUGCAGCUUUGCCCCAUAAGGCAUUACCUACCUAUAAUAUUCUGGCAGAGAUGGACUACCUGGACAUGGUGGUGAAUGAGACUCUCAGGUUACGUCCAAUUGCUAGCAGAUUCUCAAGGGUCUGUAAAAAAGAUAUUGAAAUUAAAGGAUUGUUCAUCCCCAAAGGGACAAUUGUCUUGAUACCAACAUUUGUACUUCACCAUGACCCAGGAUACUGGGAAAACCAUGAGGAUUUCUGCCCUGAAAGUAGGUUCAGUAAGAAAAACAAGGAAAACAUUGAGCCAUAUACAUACCUGCCCUUUGGGGCUGGGCCCAGGAACUGCAUUGGCAUGAGAUUUGCACUUAUGAGCAUGAAACUUGCUGUCACCAGAAUCCUGCAGCAUUUCUCCAUUCAACCUUGUGAAGAAACAGAGAUCCCCUUGAAACUAGGCAGAAAUAAUUUGCUACAACCAGAAAAACCGAUCAUUCUGAAGGUUGUGUCUAGGACUGGAAGCUAA